GAGGAGUUCUCGAGGAUGUGGGAACGGCUGUUGGCAUUUACUUCCGUGAUUUCAAAUGCCUGUCCCCCGAUUCCUGCGACUGAGAAGACGCCCAAGUGCUUGACUGAAGUUUCACGCCAUUUGAGACAAACAUUCUCGAGACGUGCGACGCUGGUUUCGGUUUUAGGCGUAUGUUCAAAUAUUUUAGCGAGGAUCUGCAAUAUAAUUGGUUGAAAUUAGUUAAUUAUUAUCGCCAUUGGCCGAUUACUUAAUAAGUGAUAAAUGAUUUACCUUGUCGGGGAGUUUGUUGAUAUUCGUGGACAUUUUGAACCUUAUUUUGAGAUUUUUUUGAAGAUGCAACUCCCUGAGCUCUCGACUUUUCUGACGACAGCCUUUUCAUCCUCUGCUGGUGGCUGCAGGUGAAAUAGUAUCCAUAUGCAUGCGAAAUAGUCGUCAUGACUAAAAAUAUUCAUUGACUUGUUGUCCGUGGUUUCUUGUUCAAUGCAUAAAAGUCGAGCAAUCGGGCUCAGAAAUAUUGGCACGGUUAUGUAAAUUAUAGUCGAGGUCGAAAUCUUGUAUGCGUGCCUGCUGCCGCGGAUGUAUCAGCGGCGGGUGUUGUUCCGCCUUUCUCAGAAUGCGACCUUAUCUCUAUUUCAUUCUCGUCUACACGUUCGCACUUUACAGUAAAACGAGCGGAUUCGACAACGACUUGCAACAAGCCUUCGAAAUCGCACACUCCAACUUUGAUCCCGAAGCCACCGAUGACUGCAGUCCUAAAGAGACGCUAAAAACGCUGAAAUUUCUGCGCCUGAACUCGUCCAGACUCAAGGAUCAGGGUCUGAAGGAGGAUGAAUCUGGAUUUCCGGUGGAUUGCUCCCUGCGCAAAACAAACUUGGGCAAACUUCGACACUUUUUACUGGAAAAGGGCUUCCUCCAAAACCUCGGCAGCCUUCACUUGAUCAACUACCAGGACACCAACUUGAAGCUCCACUGCAACCCCUCAGAUGAGUACAUGUGGCGUUCGAGGGGACUGGGCGAAAAAGAUGCAGAGGACGAUGAGUUUCAAAAGAAGGGGCACAGCGGUUCCAAUCUCAACAUCGUGUCCCCCCAGGGCUAUCUCUACUUCAGGAAAUAUAUUUGCUUCUCAAAGAAGUGUACCCACACGUUCUACGUCGUGACCAGGCCGCAUCCCAAGUUGGACUUCCCUCUACAAGCCAACGAACACGAAAAGUUCGCCUUCAAAUGCACCAUUAACCCGUGCACAACGACGAGUUGCGAGCUUGGUGGGAAAAGUAACAAGCCGAGACCACAACACCCGUACAACAUGAAGUUGAGGGUCCCACUCUCAGUCUUUAAGAACAAAACGUACGCCAAAGGCAUUGCGGAGAAGUAUGGAUGCGACGACGAAAAGGGGGUUCGAGUGAAGGAGCCGAUUUACUUGACAAUGACGAAUGACUCCGGAGACGCUCUUUACGGCGCCUGGAAUGCGAAUGGCACAAUGGAAGCAAUGACUGCAGUAGCGAAAAAAACAUCUUCCGAUAGUACCAAACUUUUCUACAUCAACGUUGACAUUACUGACGUUUCUGAUAACCAUCGGGGAGACUACGAGUGUCUCGUGAUUGAUGGAAAUGGAAUCCCGUCCACGCCAACGGUCCAUUCACUCCACAAGUAUAAACGGUUCAGCGGAAAGGGCAAGCUGCACGUCCGCAAAGUCAUCAUGACCAUUAUUCCGGGCGUGAUUGUGGGGGCCAUCCUCGUCCUCAUGUGCAUCGUGUGGAUAGCCUUCAGGAAACGGGACAAGAUGGAGUAUGACGACGGGACUCCGUACGCGAAGCAGGAACUGGUGUCGCCUGCCGAGGAACAAAAGGACGCCAAGGUGUAAAAGUCAUCACCAAUCCAGGGUCAGCUCCAUCAAUCUUCUUCCCCGGAUAUUUGCCUUCCACGAAACAAAAGCUCAAAAUUAUGAAAAGUUUAUCCACUAAAUUGUUAUUAUUACAUAUGCAAAAUGCGAGACUUUGUUGAACCGAAGCUAUUUAAAAAUGUGCAGCAUUAUAAUUUCUUAAGAAUGAUAAAUUGGCUCAUUUGAAUUUCAUAUAAAAAAUUCACAUGCAGAAUUAAGAAAGACAGAAAUGUCCUUGGAUCGAAAAAUCUAAUUGAUUAAAUCAGGCAGGAUUCACUGAUGCAAUUAUACACAAGUCGUGCCUACACACAACCUCUUUUUCAGUUAUAUCACAUACAUGUCAAAUUGUAACAGAAUGGACCAAGCCCACAAAUAAUGUGCAUGCAUAUCCAUAUGUCGUAUUUACUGACUGAUAACAGAGUUGAACA